AUGACAACCCCACUCGAUCUCUCUCUUUACUCCAUCUCUAGUGAAUACUACUCUCUCAACUCGCCAGACCCAGCGAGCACCGUUGCUACUGCUUCUUGUUCGUCGCCAGUUACGGCCACGCCUGUCCCUUCCUCCUCCUCUUCCUCUUCGACCUCGUUGUCCGCAGACCCCCCUCGCCGCCGCGUGAACUCGUAUACGCCUGGGUAUCUUGCCCCUUGGUCACCGCCCAAGCACCUCACCCGAUCUUCUCCUCCUCCCUCCCCCCCUCGCUCACCUGCCCGGUCACCUGCUCGUUCUCCGGCGACACCGCACUCGUCUCACGUGUUGUCGACUCCGGACCCCGCCAACGCUGUCCAAGCCGCCCGCCAGAGCGUACAGUUUGCUCCCAACGGCCCCGUCAACUGGUCUCGACCCAUCCCCACCGCCACUACCACCACCACGAACAUCAACACCACGAUGCACCGUGCUCGUGUGUCCUUCUCUGGCCCGGUCCCUUGGUCCUCUUCACCAGCCACCUCCUUGUUGUCACCAUCACCCGUUUCAGAGGAAGGGCCGUCAACGCCACCCCUCGGCCACCUGCCACCCGGUGCCGCAGCACCGAUGAGCCCCACAGCCACCGCCAACGGCUGGGCCGUCGUGUCACAGUGCCAGGGUCUGGGCAUGGUUGGCCUUGCCGACUACGAGUCAAAGUGCAAGGGUCUGGGCAUGGUUGGCCUUGCUGAAUAUGAUUCAGAGUCCCAGAUUGAGCGGCCCGACCUCACCAGCGAGCCGUCAUCUCGGUCCAGCUCUGACUCGGAGGGCAGCCUUGCCGGCGAGAGCAUGCACACUGCCUCGUCGUCGUCGACCCCGUCAACCCCUACGCGCCUGCAGUUUGUGUCCGACUCGUUUGAGGGUCUCUGGAACCCCGCCACCCUUGAGGAGCUCAGGUCGCUCAAGGCCGCCGCCGCCGAGCUGGACAAGGAGUCCCAGCGUCUCCGUCGGAUGCGCGGACGUGAGCCUGCAGUCUCCCCGCGUCUCAUGCCUCGCAAAAAGGUCCCCAUCGUCCGCGACGUUGACCUGUCGGCCAAGCCCAAGACCCGUCGCCCAGCCGUCCGCCACUCGCUCAUUACCUCGCCUCAUGAUAGGUCGUACGCUCUGUUCGCUGAGCCCCUCUCCGCGUCCCCUCUUGGCAGCUCGCCUCCCUCUAGCCACCCCUUCCGCCCGUCGCCGUCUGCGGCGGCCACCCGCCGUCCAUUCUACGCACAGGGCAAGGCCUCGAUGAGUGUCAUUGAGUUUUCACCUCGCAAGGAGCAGCCUUCCUCUGGAUUCACAGCGUUUGGUGCGAGCAGGCGCCAUCUUUCGGGUACCAUUCCGACGCUGGCGUCUCUCCGCGCCGGGCGCGAGCGCGAGCGCGAGCGCUCGUCCUCCAUCUCCCCACCCAUGGCGUCGACCACCAACCUCGUUUCCGUGGCUGCGGUCCCCAGCGCUCCCGUGUGUGCUCCGGCUCCGGUCCCAGCUCCAGCCCCCGUUCCCGUGUGUGCCCCGGCCCCCGUGGCCGUCGACCCGCCCGUCGUCCCUGCUGCCAGCCAGCUGAACCUUGCUCUCCCUCCCCCUCCCCCUCCUCCCCAGCCCCAGUCCCAGCCCCCAGCCCAGCCCGAGCGCACACUCAGCCUCAAGGCGUCCACCAACUUCCUCAACCGACACAAGAAGCUGUCCAGGUUUCUCGGCAAGGCCCAGGUGGCCUAA